CUGCGACGUCACCACUUGCCUCGCGUCAUAACAUCUUCACUUUCUAUCGCUGUCGCGUCUUUCACGCGCUGCUUCAGAUGAGCUUUGAAGCCUCUACUUUUUCGCAUCUUCUCGUCGCUCUGCCUCGUCGUUGCCCAUCAUGCAGUCAAUGAGUGGCAUGUUUAGGCUUCCAUGGGCGACUGAGCCUCAGCCACAUGAACUUUGCGAAAAGAUACAGCUUUCAAAGCCGCGCCAGUUUCCUAUCCCGACUGCAAACUUCAAGCGCAAACGGACUGAUAGUGUAGACCUGCUCGACUCGGUAGCCGUACAGAAGAGAGCCAAAGUCACACCACGUGAGGUGCUGCCUACCACUGCCACCCCUACUACCUCUGUGACAGAUCCUGUUCCAGCAUCGCAGGUGCUGCCUGGUCCUGUUGCCGAGCAGAAGAAGGAUCUUCCUCUUCAACACGGAAACGUGAACCCGCGCCCUACACCUUCUCCAGAUGCCGGCAAGGAAACUGCCGUUGACUCGGUUGCGCGCGCGCCAUCUUCACUUCCGCCCGUUGCUGAAAACACUCAUGUUGUUCAACCAUCCGACACAGCAGACAUGGAAGCUUGUCUCACUCCGCUGCAAGUAUCUAUCGAAACUCAAUUUAACCUUGAAAUCUUAUUCAAGCAUCAAGAACUACGCUUGAUCGAUCAGGAGUUGGCCAAGGCCCAAAUCGCACUAGAGCAGCUGCGUAGAUGUCACAUCAUACCCUUUCCCGGCUCCGAUGGCAUGUCUGAAAAUGUCACCAUCGGCGCCGGUCAGGCUCUACGACCGGCACCUGGUCACUCACAGCCUGCUCACCCGGCAGCAUGGGGUGUCACUGACGGCCCCUACACAAGGCAUUAUGCAAAGUGGCUCAUACCAGAUCCAAAGUUCGACUCUGUCCCUCUUUCCUCUCUAUCUAAUGGUUGGGAAGGCCGAAAAGCGACGCGCGCACACUUCGAUCCUCUAAACGGAUCAAAGUCUCGCACGUCGCGCAACAGUACCUUUGGCUUGAACCUCCCUUCAAUCGGCGGCGAACCGGCUAAAGAUGUGCCCAAGGUCGAUCCGCUGCUACACAAGCGGUCCAGUGACGGGAAAUGGGUACGACUUUUCUGCAAUGACUGCGGUCACAGCAACUUUUCCAACACACAGGGAUUUCUCAAUCAUUGCCGUAUCAAACAUCAGCUAGUGUUCAAAAGUCACGAUGCCGCCGCUUGUCAGUUAGGUCGACCUGUCGACGACCAAGAAGCCGGCGCAGCACAACCAACCCCCACAGCAGUUCAAUCAACGCCUCUGCCCACUCCAACCAAUGCCACUACUGCUACUCCGAUCACAGCAUACUCGUCUGCUCCAAGGCCUUUCGUUCAUUCGCUUAUAACCAAGACUCCUGCGCAAAUCAUCACUAAGUCUCUGCCACCACGGCGACUGACUGAAGCGUCGCCAGUCGAAUUACCACGCGCCGAUACUGCAGGGAAGGUCAAUGCUCUCAUGACUCCCACCCUUACUCCUGGUGUCAAAAGGAAUGACUACUUUUCGACGCCUGUUUUGGCGAGUCCUGUGAACAAGCUAAGCGAUGGCUCCUCAUUUAUCCCAUCACCCCAAACGCCAUUCCUCAACACUCUGUUCGAGAAGCGUGGUGUUUCUGGAAAUCUGAGGGACGCCGUAGCGGCUGCAAAGACAAAAGUGGAUCUUUCUGCCAUCGAGAUGCCAAGUGAUGACGAACUCGGUUCAGCUCCCCACAGCCCAAACCACAAAACAUCCGAGAGUCAACCAAUGGCACGUCUGCCCUCUCGUGGCGGUAUGGGCCCACUUUCGCAACGUCAAACGAGCAAGAAGGCGCAUUCAUCCGAGUCGACCCGACCAGCUCAUCGCGCUCCAACGGCUCUGAACUUGAACGCGACUCCCUCGCUUGAAAAUAGCAAUAGUCGUCCGGUUUCACAGUCGCCAGUCGGGCUAAGUCCACAUACUCUUGAAUCUAAUCCCGGUCUAGUCAGCGAUGACGAUGAUGAGGACGAUGAAGAUGACAAUUGUUCCGUCUCUCAGAUUGAUCGCGACGUCGACAUGAUGCAAGCUCAUCAUCCCGUCGUUGUGGACGACGGCAGUGACGCAGAAUGCGAGCGCAGAAAGGGUAUUCAAGGAUUCAAGAAAGCUGGUCCCUCUCAAAAACAAUAAGCACCUUGAACUUUCAGGGUUUGCUGUGUUGGAUAUUCAAUGUAUUGUUUCACUUCUCCAAAAGACUGUUUUAACCUGUUUUCACGUUUCGUCUGCUUGUUUACCUACCCCUCGGCGCUCACGUCUGUGCGCUUCUCUCUCUCUUGUACUCUCUCACCUGAUAG